AUGAACAAACAUGCUCGGUUUGUCAAACUCGGGCUUGACAACAACGCAGUGUUCGCCACUAAACUCAUUAACGACUACGUAUCAUACAAAACUCCGAAUUCACUGUCUCAGGCACACCAACUGUUCGACCAAGUGCCCAGAAAAGACACGGUCCUAUGGACGUCUAUCAUCUCAGCUUACACUCGCUCCAACAACCCCCACAAAGCCCUCCAGCUUUUCUCUCUCAUGCUACACCAAGCCGAGCCGGAUCAGAAACCCAACAACUUCGUCUUCGCCACUAUAGCUCGCGCCAUCGCUUCGUCCCAAGAAGACCUCUGUUUGGGCCGAAGCAUCCAUGCGCAUGUGCUGAAAUCCGGGUUUAUCCCAAAAAAUGUCGUUGUGGAGACGGCUCUUGUGGAUAUGUAUUCAAAAUGCCACCUCGUAGGUUGUGCUCGUAAUUUGUUUGAUGAAAUGUCUCACAGAAAUCUGGUUACUUGGAAUGCAAUGAUUUCUGGGUAUGCUCAGAAUGGUAUGGAAAAGCAUAGUUUGGAGUUGUUUCAUAUGUUGAAGUGUCAAGAGAUGUAUCUGCCUGAUGAGUUUAGUGUUGCGACUGUAUUGUCCAGUUGUGCUUUGAUUCAAGAUUUAGUGCUGGGAAUUCAAGUUCAUGGGUAUGCAAUCAUUGGUGGCUUUGAGUUGAGUUGUGUGAAUUCAAUCGCUAACAUGUAUUUUUUCUGCGGUGAAGUUCCUUGUGCCGAGGAAGUUUCGAAUGGAGUAGAUGGUGAUGUAAUUUCAAAACUUAUAAAGAUCAGAGGUUAUGCCUUCAAUCAGAGAUAUAAAGAUGCACUGAAAUAUGUUGCUUUUAAAAAUAACAUUAUCGAAAUUUUUAAGUUGGAUUACACUAUAGUUGUGCCGAUUUUAUCUGCAUGUGCAAAGCUUUCUUUGCUUAAUGUUGGAAAGCAGGUUCAUGGCCUUUUUAUUACUCUGAGUAAUUCUUUUAGCAAUAUUUACUCAUUGAAGGAGGAUUGGGCUAUCAUUGGGAGUGCCUUAAUCGAUAUGUAUAGCAAGUGUAGAAGUGUAGGGGAAGCUAAAAACGCUUUUGAGAAUUGGCUUCCUACCAAGCAUGUUUCACAUUGGAAUUCAAUGAUAUUAGGUUGUAUAUCUAAUGGUUUAAUUGAAGAAGCUAGGACAUUGUUAGAGGAUAUGCCAGAGAAAAAUGUAGUUACAUGGACAAGCAUGAUUUCAGGGUAUGUGCGAAAUGGUAUGCCAGAUGAAGGUUUACAAUUAUUAUGUAAAAUGUAUUCUAAUAAGGAUGGAUCUGCAGUAGAAGGUAACUGCUCAACUUUUGUGGUGGGGCUUGAAGCUUGUAGCUAUUUAACAGAUAUGGAGAGGGGAAGGCAGAUCCAUGCAAAGCUCAUUAGGACAUUGACAAAUGCUGAUAUUAGUAAUGUGAUUGUUGGAACAGCUUUGGUGGAUAUGUAUUCGAAAUCAGGUUAUUUGAAUAACGCCAAGAAGGUUUUUGAUUUGAUGUUGGAGAAAAAUGUUUUUGCAUGGACAUCAGUUAUUACAGGCUAUGCAGUCCAUGGGUUUGGGUUUGAAGCACUUGAGAUUUUUCAGCAGAUGUUGGACAUGGGUACUGAACCAAAUGAAGUGACGUUUGUUUCCGUGCUUACUGCUUGCAGUCAUUGUGGUUUGGUGGAUGAGGGGUUGCAGUACGUUAAGCUGAUGAGAGAGAAAUACAGUUUGGUUCCCAGGGAAGAUCACUACACAUGUUUGAUUGAUUUGUUGGGACGUGUUGGAAGACUUGAGGAAGCAUGGGGUUUGCUGGAAGAACUUGAGGACAGAGAAUUGAGCAGUGGAUGUAUCACCAGUUCCAUUUGGGCUGCAAUGCUUGGAGCAUGUCAAUUGCAUGGAAAUGUGGAAAUGGGAAGGAGGGUUGCUAAGAAGAUGUUAGAUGGUAAGAAACAAGUCUCUACAACUUGUGUUGCUCUUUAUAAUGUUUAUGCAACAGCAGGAAUGUGGACUGAAGCUUAUAGGGUGAGAGAGCGUUGGAGGAAGGAAGGUACUGCUGAUGGAGAGCCUGGCCUUAGCCGCAUUUGCACACACCUUGGUGAUUCUUCAUCUACAUUUUUCGAAAGUUGA